AAAAAUAAUGAUUAAUAACAAUUGAGCAAUUCAACUUAGUAACUAAAGUCCAGUAUAUUAUGAAUCCUUCUUUAAAUUUAGAUGCAAUUUAUGAAGCUAAACGAUUAUUCAAUGAGAAUAUCACUUUCUUCACAUAUCAUCCUAAUAAUUAUUCUAAUUUACAAUUAAAUGAAUUACUGAAUAGAAAUCUUACAUUAUUUUGGACAACUAUGCAUCAAUGUUUAAACUUAAACGAUUUGAUACAUCAACAAUUCAUAUUACAUAAUCAAUCGUAUUUUAUUAUCAGUACAAAUCAAACUAUAUUAAGUCAUUUACAAUCUUUAUUUACAUGGUGUAAUCAAGGUAGAUCAACAUGGUUUACAAAUGUAUUCACAUUAAUGUAUCAUCAUUCAUGGCAAGAAAAAGUAUCUAUUAAAUUACAAAACUAUUUAGUACCCUUUUUAUUAUUGAUUAAUUGUUUAAGUCUUAUUCUAUCUAUAACAGGUAUCUAUCGUUUAUAUACACUAUCUAGUAGAUCUAAUCAUCAAAAGAUUAUGAUCUUAAUGAGAUAUCAAUCAAUUAUACAUUCUUAUAUACCAGCAACAUGGUCAUUAUUAUUAUGGUAUUGUAUAUUUAGUUUAUUAUGGUUAUUAUUAAUAUUUGGUUUAAAUAUUAUAACAUCAAACUACUUAAAUAUUCAUAUCAGCCUACAUAGUCAUAAUUUUUAUUGUCGUUUAUUAACUUAUAUUAAAAAUAUAUUAAAAUAUAUACCAAUAUGGUUAAUUAGUUUAAUGUUAUGUGAUCGAGCUAUUGGUGAAUAUCGUAAUCGUUAUCAUAUUUAUACAAUUAAUAAAUUAUAUAAUCAACAAGAUGAUCAACAAAAUCAAUUAGAUCCAUUAAAUGAAUAUAAAAAUGAUCAAUCAAUCAAUAAUCAAUUAUCAAUACCUCAAUCGAUAUAUAGUUGUCAUGGUAAAUCUAUGAAUUUGAAUCUAUGUCAUUUGAAAAUGAAUCCAUUAUAUAAGAGAUCUUAUACAAGUUCAUUUCUUUCAUGCUGUAGAGACAAGUCCUAUAUUAAUUGUAUUUGUUAUGGAUUAAAACAAACAUCUAAAGAUCAAUGUAAACAAUUGAAUGUCAAAAAUGAUUAUGUAACAUCAUCCAAAGAUAUAAAUGUGAAUUAUAUUAAAUUAUUAAAUGAUUUAUCUCAUUGGAAUGAAUGUGGUUUAAGUCAUAUAGGUGGUUUAGUAUUAUUUAGUAUAGUAACAUCAAUUAUAUGUUUAAUUAAUACACAUUUAAUAUGGUUAUAUAAAAUUGGUAAAACUACAAAACGUUGUGUAUUGUCAGCUGGUGAUGCAAUUCUCUUAUCAGUAUUCUAUCCAUAUUUAUUAAAGGUUUGUCAUUCCAUAUUACCUCAUAUAAUAACAUUCAGUUCACUUGUAUUACUCAGUUUCAUAGCUAUACAGAAAUCUCGAAUCCUUCAUCUUCAUUGUUGUUCGAAUCCACACAAUAUUCAUCAAAGAAGAAUAGACCCCAAAAUGAUUCAAUCCAAAUCAUCAAUCCAUAAACAGACUAUUUUCACAGAACCAACACAAUUAACUAUCUGUUUAGGACUAAUGAAUCUUUUAUUUGAUUUGGCUGAAUUCAUUGAAUGGUUCUAUAGUAAAUUUACUAUUCCCAAUUAUAUUCAAUCAUUUACACAGAAUAUGAAUCCAAAUUUAAAUUUAAAUCAUAAUAUAACAAUGAAUAUGACAGGGCAGAUACUACUUACAUUAAAUACAUUAAAUAGUAGUAUGUUAUUAACUAAAUCUAUUGAUCAAAUGUGUUCUAUUCAACUUACAUCUGGUUUAUUAAGAAUAUGGUCUAGUCAACGUUUUGUAUUUACAUUACCCAUAUUGUUAUGUCAAUCAUUAAAAUUUCGACAUUUAAUACAAUACUACUUUAUUUACUACUUUCAAACAUUGAAAAUGUUACAUUUAUGUAAAAUCAGUUUGAAAUCUCAGAAAUAUCAUAGUCCAUCUUAUAUGGAAGAUACAUUGAAUACAACGGUAAACAGAAAUACUUCCAUUGAUGAGAAUGUCAAUAUAGAAUGUAGUGAAAUAAAAACUACUGAUGAUGAAGAGAUCAGUAGUCAACAUCAACAUCAUCCUCAUUAUCAUCAGUAUUUGUCUCAUCAUCAGGGACAACAUCAGCGACAACAACAGACUAUAAUGAAAGAUGAAAAUGAAGAUGAUAAACAGAGAAUUCCUAGUUUAUAUUGUUGUUCAUGUAUUAAUCAAAUGAUACUAUCACCUGGUGUAAAUAAAGAUAAUUGAGAAAUGUUUAUACAUGAAUAAGGAGUAUUGGAUCGCAUUUACAAAAGCCCAAUAGUAAUAAUAAUAAUGAUUCUUAACUAUAAUGUAAACAAUGUUUACUGAUGUUGCAUCGAUUAUGGAGGCAUCAUUGUAGGUACAAAUAAGGUGUGUGUGUAAAUCGAAAGAACUGUUUUCUCCUGAUCAGAAUAGUGAAUGGUAACUUUGGGAUCCAUUUAUGAAGCCUGGUCCUACGUUGUAGCUGACUAACUGACUGACUGACUGACUGAAGAUUGAUGAAGCAAUAUUAUGCGUAUAUUUUUAUUGUAUAAUUGUUAAAUAACUAAACUGUUCAUAUUCAUGUCCCCCUUAUUAUGAGCUUUAUUUUGACCUAUGAACUGUUGUUAUACGAUUUACCAUUCUUGAGUUAUCCCCAGUCUAUCAAUUACUAUCCCCCUUAUCCACAGCCGCAUUUGGUUAAAUCUUGUACAAAUGUUGUUGUCCUAUUUUAUGGUACGAUGUGGUCUGUCUGGUUGGUAUAUAAACCCAGUAUGUUUGAAAUAUAAUGAUUCAUACUAC